UUGUGUUUAAGUGCGCUCGUAUUAGUCGCAUUGAAGUGGGUGAUCGUCUGGCGUGUGUCUAAUAGUUUUGGUUUGAUUUAUUUCUGGUUUGUGAUCCGAAAAUGUGGAUUGCGGGACGGGGAAAUUUGUGUCUGUGUUUGGAAACUAAUUGUUUGUCAGUUUUUGGUUCGAUUUAUACCUACAACUGUAGCAUACGGCGUUAAUAGCCCUUAGGCUGACCUCGACAUUGAAUUGUCGGCAAAAUCUUUCGCGCCGUUGCAGCACCUCUUAUCUCUUUCUCUUUUUAACACGAGCGGUUAGUACUGCGCAUCACCCCGCAUAAAAGAGUGAAACUUGCAACAACCCCUCGCAGCCGCCCGUUGGUGAGUUGCAGUAGUGAGGUCAUGUCGGACCAUCGUGGUGGAGUAUGGGGUGCGCGGGAGGAUGCCGUUUGGUGGCCCGGCGCAAUAGCCGCCGCCGAUCAACAAUCUCUCCAUCACCAACAGUUACUUCACCAACAACAACAACAACUUGCGGUCCAGCAGCAGCAGCAACAACAGGCCGCCCAACAGCAGCAGCAGCAACAACAAAAUGAAAUUGCCAAUUCAAACGCCGGGACACACCAACUCUUCAGUUACAAGAUGGCCAGCACGUUUCAACAUCCCGCAACCACCAUGGCAAAUGUAUCUUCCCCUUCGCCUAUCGCAGCACCGGGUAUGCGCGGUUACGAAUACAGACUUGCUGGAAACCCAACUAUGACCGCUCCCCCGCCGACGUCACAAUGGUGGUACCCUAGUGCGAUGGACAACUCGAUGCAAAAUUCAUUACCACCAAACAGCAUGCAAAAUAUGUCACCUGUACAGACUCCUCCCCCAGUGACAGUUCAGUCAGCAGUUCAGCAACAGCAUCAAGCGGCUGAAGUUCAUAGGCAACAGGAAGUGCAAAGGCAUCAAGCAGAGGCUCAAGCUGCCAGACAGCAGCAAGCGGUUGCGGAAGCUCAGGCGAGGCACCAGUCUCAACAGCAGCAAAAUCAUUUGCAACAGCAAAACCACCAAUCGCAGCAAAACCAUCAGCACACUCAGACGCUUCAUCAGCCCCUACAGAAUCACCAGUCGUUACACUUGCAAUCUGCGAAUCAUCAAGUUCCAGACCAAAAGUCGCUUCAUCAAAUUAGUCAUAUCCAGGUACCUACGAGAGGAAGGAUGCCGCGUGGUAAAGCCGAUUCGAGACCUAGGGGUCGUAUGACCGCCUACGCGUUUUUUGUACAGACGUGCAGAGAAGAGCACAAGAAAAAGCAUCCCGAAGAAAACGUCGUAUUCGCCGAAUUCUCGAAGAAAUGUGCGGAAAGGUGGAAGACUAUGCUGGAUAAAGAAAAGAAAAGAUUCCACGAGAUGGCCGAAAAGGACAAGAAGCGUUACGAUGCCGAAAUGCAAAACUACACUCCACCGAAAGGCGAAAAACAACGCGGUAAAAAGAGGAAGCAAAUCAAAGAUCCAAACGCACCAAAACGUUCCUUGUCCGCUUUCUUUUGGUUUUGCAAUGACGAACGCAGCAAAGUCAAGUCACAAAAUCCGGAGUAUGGCGUAGGCGACAUUGCUAAAGAAUUGGGACGAAGAUGGGCAGAAGCGGAUUCUGACGUAAAAUCAAAAUACGAAGCGAUGGCCGAAAAAGAUAAGGCUCGCUAUGAAAAAGAAAUGACAGCGUACAAGAAGAAAAAUAAUCCCGCCAUGCCUGCUGCUCCUGUACCUGAAGCGGAUGAUGAAGACGACGAGGAGGAAGAACUAGAGGACGAUGAAGAUGAAUAAGCAUAGAAAGUUUGUCAUUUGUACCUCACAUGCCUUUCAUUCAUUCCUCCCAUGUAAAUAGCAGUUUGUGUUUUUCAUUCUUUAUCUCAUGUUUGUUUGUGAGUACUUACUGACUGCGUGAAUGAAAGUCGCUCGAGUCGUUAUAUAAACAAAGCUCGGUGACGUUUUUGCAUCAUCCCCAUUUAAACCAACAAAAAAAAAAGAUAUUUGUAACUUGAAUUGAAAAGUUUGUUUUGUAAUAAAUUAGAUUAUAGAACUGUGUAAAAUUCUGGUAUUUUGAUAGAACGAAAGAUUUUUAUAUAUGAUUUGCUUUUCAAGUUACUUUAAAUAAUCGGUACGAUUUUACGUGUCAGUUUCGUUCAUAAUUAAUUUAACUAAUUUUUAUGUAUUGAAAUCGUUAUUUUUUUAAUCCUUACGUGUUUCAUUUCCGAGUCCGUGCUCAGGCAAGUCCAACGGGUUCAUAUAUAUUUGCGACGACCGAUUGUUUAUUUUUUGAUGUAUGUACGUAUUUUUACUGCUUUGGAUUUUGAAGUUGCCAACCGUUAGCUUGUGUACGAGUAUUAGUGAAAAAAAUUACCCUUUUUCGUAAUCCACAUUUGAAUUUAUUUAAAUGGGUGAAUGUAGGUUGUGGAAAGACAAGGGAAGUAUUUUUUAGCAAAGUUUAAUCCAUGUUACCAUAGAAGUAAAAGAUGAUCAGUGCUUUUAAUUAUAAAUUAAUGUAAUAAAAUGCGAUGUUUGCAAAAUUGCAAUGUUCAAAGUCCAAUUCGCAGAUUGUUUUGGUUGUCGCAAUUUAAUUUAAUUUAUAUAGCUGUAUUCUACGAUGUUAAGUUAAAAUAUUCACUAGUAUAUGUAAUGUCAAUCGUACCCUAUAGGAUAAGCAGAGCAGAAUAUUUUUUGUCGGUAAAUUUUUCAUUAUAACUGAUAGCAAAUUAUCGAUUUUAAAGUAAGAACAGUGUGGUGACACUUCAGACUGCCUCAACUAUGUAUUAUAAAUAUAUUAACAAUGGACAAUAUAUUGACUAGCCAAGUGCUUUGUAUAUCCAUUUCUUGUGUAUUUUUUAAAAUCUGUUUGUAAAAUAUAAUUUUUAAUUUACCUCCCCAAGCACAUUUAAAAUGGGAGUAAAAUGUAAAGACAUGUUGAAUUUGACAUAGUAUGUAUUUGCAAGAAAAAUGUUAACAUAUUUUGUAUUUCUCUGAAUACUGUUUGCGUUAACUUUUCUACUAAACUCCAUAAAAUGGAAGAAAUUCACUUCCCAUGACAGUGCUCUGUAUUAUUUUAGGGAAAUUGAUAGAAGCAAUGAUUGUUUUUUGUAUCUUAUAGGGUUUAAUAAAAGUAAUAAACUUUUGAGAAGUAA